AUGGCUGACUUGAGACGAAUCGCGAGACCUGGCAUCACUGAAUGGACUAAAUAUGACCUCGAUGCCCACCAUAUCAUUGUAUCAUCCCAGACAAAACAGAAAUUCUUUGGUGUGCCUUGUCUUCCACCGCCUGCCCACCCUACACUUGUCGAUUUCAGGAAUUUUGCGGAUCGACGAAUUAUGGCGGUGCAGGACAGCAAGUUCAAUUUCUUUGCGAAGCUGUUGGAGACAUAUGGAUAUAACGAUGGUCGAAGAAUCGUUUUCACCCACCAUCCACUUCCACUUCCUGUCUGUGGGGCGUCUUCGCUUGUAGAGAUGAAUGUUUUUGUCAUGGAUGAUAACGAAAUUCUCAUGGUGGUACAGGAUCAGUCUGAGACGAGGUCCAACGAGAACAUGUUACGGUCAUGGUCACACCUUGAGCCUACAGUCAUCGCAGGAGCUAUUGUUGCCUAUGCAGCAAACAACAAGGUUCGGGUGGAUAUGAAUCUCCCUCCUCUCGAUAUCAUCACCAUUCCUGCCAUCACCUUGAAAGGCCUCACUUCCACCUUCUAUAAAAUCUCGUCACGGCCGAACUGA